GAAGCAUCAUUUACACAUUACUUAUGUUACCGAGGUAAAUGUGUAUUGAGCGCUCUCUCUCUCUCUCUCUCUCUCUCUCGCUCUCUCCUGUUUGUCCAAUCACAACUCGUUCCGCCUCCAUCUAUCUCGACUCGUAGGCGGAGCCAUACCGAGCACGAUUUAUUAAACGCAGUUUCCGCGUGCAGAAUUUCUCACUCAUUUAUCGCCCUGUUUUUGUGCUCGUGCAAAGAACACACACACACACACACAUACACACACACACACACACACACAAACCAAUCACAAGAAACAACAUCGUUGUUGGAAGCGCGCGGACUUCAGAACUAGGAGAGUGGGGAAGUGAAGAAGAUUUUUUUAAAUAAUAAGAAGAAGAAGUAGAAGAAGAAGAUCCGAGCAGCGCGCGGCGCCAACCAACCAAUGCUGCGGCCACAUCCUGGGAGCUCGAGCACGCACGCGCUGUCCCGCCGCCGAGGUGCUGAAACGCACGCGUCGAGUCUUCCCCGCGUGACGUAGUGGUAAAUGUUGAGGAGCCUGUCACCAUGUUGCCCAAAUCCAGAAGAGCUCUAACGAUUCAGGAGAUUGCAGCACUUGCCAGAUCCUCACUUCACGGUAUCUCUCAGGUGGUGAAGGAUCAUGUGACGAAGCCGACGGCGAUGGCUCAGGGACGCGUUGCUCACCUGAUCGAGUGGAAAGGAUGGUGCAAACCCACGGAUGCUCCCAACGCCCUCGAGUCCGACUUCAACUCCUACUCGGAUCUGUCCGAGGGCGAGCAGGAGGCCCGCUUCGCCGCUGGCGUGGCGGAACAGUUUGCCAUCGCCGAGGCAAAACUUCGCGCCUGGUCUUCAGUCGACGGAGACGAAUCGAACGAUGAUUCAUACGACGAGGACUUUCUGUCUGCUAAUGAGCCCACCACACAGAGUACAGAUCUGUCUUUGUACCCUCAUUACCUGCGCGACCUCAUACACACUCGAGUCUGCGAGGCUCGGCUGCGUGAGGCUGAAAGCGGCGUCGCCGUCGACCUUUCACCUCCGGCGGGGUUACCAGGGUCACCGACGGACACACUGGGGUCCAGCUCGUGCAGCCUGGACGAGACACACCCACUUCUGCGUGACCUCAGUCGCUGUGGCGACGACCUCACCGCUAAGAUCCUGAGUGCUCUGCACGGCAAGGAUGACCUCCUACUUUUGGCACGCCUCCAACGGGCGGGUCAAAGGCGGGGCCAUUCGUUCUCUGAGACCUUUGAAGACGACGACGCACCUUGCAAAGACUGCAGGGGCGGAGCUUGGUGCACGGCGGAAUAUUCCACACGGAGAAAAGUUUCAGACGUCGCUUCAUCCGGCGUGGUGUCGCUCGAUGAGGAAGAUGAAGAAGAAGCGGACGAAGACGCAGAGGAAGAGGAGGAGGAAAGAGAGCAGUGAGCGUCCGCCGUUCUAUUUUAAUCAGUUUCUGUUUGGAAUGUUUGAUUCGGCAUGUUUGUUUUAGACUCCGCCCCUUGCAUUUGCAUACACACAGUUGUCCGGUGUGGACUGUUUUUUUUUUCGUUUUGUUUUGUUUUUUGCUUUUUUUUUACAGCGUCCCAACAAUCUUUUUUGCAGCACGGUGGCGAGGAAGAUGUUGAACUCGAACCGGAGGUCACGUCUCUAAAAACAUUUACAAGAAAAAGACGUUAAAACGAAGAAAAGUGACCAAACGUCGUAAGACAAAAACGAAGGAGGGACGAAAGACUGAAAACGCUCUUCUGCAUGUGUCGCAAGUUGAAUGCUCGAACGCUCGGAUCCGCACCGUCCAGUCUCUUUUUUGCACGGUUUUGUGAUUUUUGGCUGUCCUGUUUAGCUCCGCCCCUUUUCUCGAGAUCUCAGGCCCCAUUGCAUUCUGGGUCCUGGUUUGCUCAUCCAGUGGGCAUGGCUGCUUGCUACACAAACUCUUAACGUAAUCUGCCAAACUGACCGCCGUCACAGUCAGCGCCGAGAAAAUGCUGGAAUGUUGAAUGUUUGUACCGUGACGGGAAAAUGUAUUUGAAAACCAAGCAUAAAAAAAAAAGAGUGAUUUUUUUUUUCUUCUCGGACUUGUUUUGUACUCACUCGUUAUUGUUAUUAUUAUUAUUAUUAUUAUUAUUAUUAUUAUUAUUAUUAUAGAAUCACAGUAUUUUUGGUUUGGUUUGUAUUUUUGUCUUAAAAAUCGACAUGUGAAGUGAAGAACAGAAAGUGUCGUAUCCGCCCGAGGAUUUGUGUCGAGGACGUUUCAGGGUUUGUGGGAAAGACGUUCUAUUUUUGUACGUGAUUUUCCGCGGCGUGUCUGCGAGUCCGUGAGUGUGUGAGAAACACUCUUCUCUUUUUCUUUGUGGCAGGAAGAAAAAAAAAAGCCUCAACACGUUUCUUUAAUUGUCUCCUUCUGCUUUAUUUCUUUGGAGAGGAACGACGUGACCGUGCUCGACAUGUCCUCUUGUCUCAUUGAGACGGUAGCUAUGUUUACACGGACAGCAAUAAUCUAAAUUAUUCAUCUUAUUCUGAAUAAGACGAUAUUCCGAUGUAAACGUUUAGUCGGAUUAAGAACUUCUGUCUGGUGUCGUUCUCAUGAAUGUCAGAUGAAGGACCAGGGGAGACCUCAACAGAAUACUCCACACGUCUUAAUUCCAUUUGACUUUAAUCAGAUUAAGGUCAUCAGUAAUCCCUGUUUACAUGCUAGUUUCUUAAUCAGAGUAUCGUCUUAAUCGGGUUAACAUCGGAUUAUCGUCGUCCAUGUAAACGUACUGACUGAGAAAUGUCUCAUUUUUCUUUUUAUGCUCUAUAAAUGUCAAGUACCGUCUCUCUCUCUCUCUCUCACACACACACACACACACACACACUCAUUCAGUGACCGAUUUUGUUUGCUGACGGUCGUUCAUGGCUAUCCACGGUUCCCUCAGACUACGUUAUCAGGGCUGUCAGUUUGUGAAAUCUGAUUGGCUCGGAGGGAUAGG